AUGUAAUCCUUGAAAUAUGAAGAAAGCUCAUUUAGCCCAUAAAAUCCAUUCCAUUCUUUUAAUGCUUAAGAGCACCAAGAAUUGAAUGAUAUUUCAAGAAAAAAAGAUGAUAGCGUUAUCUCUGAUCGUAGUAUACAAAAAAAUAUAGAAAUAAUUCCUCAUAUAAAAAAUGAAGCUAAAUCUAUUUUGUAGUCAAUUAAAAAUUCGCCAAUCCAUCAUAUAAAAACAUCAAUAGAAGCUAGCUAAAGAUUUAUCGAAGCAAGUCAGGAUAUAAAUCCCAGCUAAAUGAUUAUCCAUAACAGAAAAAAAGGAGAAACAGUGAUUUCAAACUUAACUAAUCAUGAUGAAGCAAUACAGAAAUAAUUAGAAAGCAAAUCUAUUAAAUAAAUUUAAGAAAUGAAAGAACCUCGAAGACUCAUGCUUGCAAUUAAUUUGCUUGUGAAUGUUAAAGGGUUUUAUCGUAAAGUAACUUAAAAUUCAAGACUAAUUGAAAAAUUAUCAAGAGAGUAGCAUAACUAAAUUGGAGAUUUAUCUUCAUUUUUUACAAAAAAUUAAUUUUCAAAAAAAGUCAAAAGACUUUUUAAAUUCUAGACAGCAUUUAAAAACAUGGUAGCUUAAUUAAACAAUAAUACAAAGUAUAUUCCGAUUUUGGCUCCGUACAGCAUAUUUAAGCAAAUAUGGGAUCUAAUUUAGACAAUCCUAGAAAUGAUAGUUUCUUUUCUCUUUAGUUUGUAUAUAUUCUUUCAACUUGAUGUUUAAGAAUACAACAAUCUCUUCUUAAUUUGUUUUAUUCUUUUUUUCUGCGAUGUUCUUGUUAAUUUCAACACCGGAAUUCUUUAAGAAGGUACAGUUAUCUACAAAAGAAAGCUAAUAGCUUAGGAAUAUAUAAAAGGGAAUUUUUUUUUUGAUAUAAUUGGUCUUAUACCCUUCAUGAAUUUUUUCUGGAUAGGUGGAGUUGCAUAUUCUAGAAGAGAAGUGAACACCGUGCUAAUGAGCUCGCUAAUAUCCAUGAAGUGGUUUUCUCUUGGAGCAAAUCUUGGAAAGCUUACUUUUUUUCUAAGCUAUUAAAAAGGGAUGAAAAAUUCACUUGAUUUGAUAAAGCUAAUUUUUCUUAUGCUUUGCGUUUGCCACUCAUUUAGUCUUGUGUGGCAUGGGUUAGCUAUAUACGAAAUAUCAUAUCUGUAAAGAGAUGACUCGUGGCUUUAGUAAUAUCAGAUACUUGAUUUUAAUGUUUGGGUAAGAUACUGCUAUUCUUUUUACUAUUUAACAGUCACUAUGACAACCACCGGAUAUGGUGAUAUCACUCCAAAAAAUUAUAUUGAAGUGAUGUUUGCAAUAGGAAUCAUUUUUAUAACAGCUAUUUUCUGGGCUUUCUUCUUAAAUAAAAUAGGUUAAAUUAUUGAUAAUAUGGAGGAGAAAGAAAAGCAAUAUACAGAAAAUAUGCUUGUAAUACAUAGAUUAAUGAGAGAAGAGGAAGUUGACAAGGAGUUAAGGGUAAAGAUCUCAAAUUACUUGAAGUAUUUGUAUCAGGAAUCAAAUUAAGUACAAAAAUCGAAGGAGAAAGAAAUUAUGGAUAAACUCUCCAAGCAGUUGAAAGACGAUCUUAUAUUGGACAUGAAUGGUAAAUUUAUAAGAAAUAUACCAAUUUUAGAGAAACUAGAAUCAAAGAAUAAAAUAGCUUAAUCCAUGGAAGAGUGUUUAUUUUCUCCUGGAGAAUAUAUUUUUAAAUAAGAUUAACUGGAUGAUUCUUCUUUGUAUUACAUAGCAAAAGGAUCUGUAAGUAUUGUUUUUGAGUCAGAAAUUAACUUUAGAAGCUAAAUAAACGUGAUCUAAACUUUAGGUAAAUAGCAAUACUUUGGAGAAAUUGGUUUUCUUUUUUAAUCUAAGCGUGCUUAUUCUGCUAAAGCUAAUAACUUUUGCAGGCUUUUUAAAUUACAAAGGGUUAUUUUUGAAUAGAUAAUUAAGCAAUCCGAACAUGAUUUUGAAAAUUUUUAAAUGACCAAAGAAUCAAUCCUUAUGAAAGAUAAUUAUAAAUUUUAAAAGAUCAGAUGCUAUACUUGCAAUCAAGGAAAUCACUUGUCUCAUAAUUGUCCUAAAACCCAUUUGACUAUUUCUAAAUAGGUGCAUAUUAAUCGCCACAACUACUCAUAACCACACAAAGAGAGAAGUAAUUUCACUAGAUGUAGAAUUAAGAUCAAUAGUUUAAUUACCAUGGUGAUAGCUCAUAAUGCAGUAUUUUAGAUAAACGAUAAUGUUGACUUUUUUGAAUAUCUUGAUAAAAUAGAAGAAGGUUUAAAUUUAUCUGACUAAGAUCAAGAUUAAGAUUUCGAUUACAGCGAAGCAUACAACACAGAUAACGAAAACUACUCUGAUCAUGAUUUAAAUCAAAAUCAUUUUUAAAAGUUUGAUGAAAUGGGUUCUGCUGAUUAAGAAUUUUCAAGAACUCCUGUUACAAAAUCAAGAUCAUUGGUAAAAAAAGGUACAGCUAAUUCAUCUGUUCCUUUGCAACCAGGUAGGCAGAGUAUCAUGGAAUAAAAUGUGAUGUCUUUCUAAAAUCAAUAGUAAUCAAUUAUUGAUGAAGCUUACCAUAGAGAGGAAGAAUCAUAACCUUCAUCAAAAAGCUCAAUAUCUUCUUCAGAUUAAUUAUCAGAUAAAGAUUAGUCAUAAUACACACACACAGUCACUAAUAACGAUACAUUAACAUCUAAAACAGGUUAAAGGUAGAACUAAGAACAGAAUAUACCUCAGAUUGUUAGAAAGUAAAAAUCUAAUUAAACAUUUGUUAGAGGGGAUUCUAAAAAGUUGAGUCACAACGUCACUGGAGAGCAUUCCUCAUUAGCUAACUAACUCAAAGGUUCAUAAUUGCUCCCCAUCACAACUAUUUUACCUCCGACUGAUUCAUAAGUAUUUAAUCAAGAAUAUCAUCAAAAUCAACCUAACAAUAAAAGAAUUGUUUCUGAAUUACAGCCUUUUAAAGAUAAUGAUUCACAUGUAGGUUCUCUAACUUCAAUUACAAGCAGAUCCAGAGUCCCAUCGAGGUUAGUACUGAAUGAAAAAGAUAACAAAAGAAACCCAACAACAAAUUCAUUCUAAGACUAAAAUUAGCUGAAUGCGAAUAAUAAUGAAUAGAUCCGUUCUUUGACAAAAAUUUCUACCCACUCAGCCAGAGAAAAGUCCCCUAUUUAAAAUUCUAACGUGAAUUAAAAUUAACAACAAUAGAAUGCAAAUGAUAAAAAACCUAUGAAAAAUAAUAGCAUAAAUGAAAUAGUUUAGAGUAGGAGAAGCAGGUUGAGUGAACGAAGAAGCAUAGGAAGAGACCUAUAAUUUAACAAUUAAUUAUAGCAAUAGCUUUAGGAAAUGCUGAUAAGGAAUCCUACAAGAGGAAAUAAUAAAAAACUGAGUAAAACGGAUAUAUAAAAUAUGGCUAAAUAAAAAACACGUGCUUCAGUUUCAGUAGAUAAAUUAGCAAAUUAAAUAAAAAUGCUGUAAAACCUAAAAGGAUACACCACGAAUCAAACUUUAAAAUCUAACAAUGAUAAAAAUAAUCUUUAAAAGUAAAAUACUCCAACUAAUUCUAACAAUAUAGAAGAACAAAUAAUGUAUGUCCUAAAGGACUAGAUAGAUUUAUAAUAAAUAUAAAUAGGAAUGGAGGAAGAAAUAAGAGACCAAACAAAUUAUUUAAAUAUUUAAGAAUUCGAUAGAGCAUUUACAUUUAAAUUUUAUUAUAGAAAUGAUAAUUAUCUUCUUGUUGUUGAAAGAUAUCAAGAAUAUUGGAAGAAAAUGAACAAUUUAUUAGACAAAAUUGCCAAAAAAAACAAAAAAAAAACAAAAAAACGUUUGAAAUCUAAAUUAGGCGGAAAGUAAGUUUUCUGA